UUGUGAUUGUAACUGUGGUUCCUGUUUAGAGCUGUCUUUUGAAAUAGAGUGUUCAGGUAAUGUUUUGUGCAACUUGAUUUUUCUGUUAAAUGAAUCUAUUUUAUGUGGAGGGGGGAAUCAGUUUUCCUGCAUUGCUGUUGCAAAGCCACCUAGUUUUUUGCUUCAUUAUUUUGAGGGACUAAAUUCAGGCCUGUUUGUGGUUGAUAUUUCACAUCCAGUGCAGAAAACGACUUUUGAUCCCUGUGUGGAAAGAAAGGGGCUGAGCAGGUGCAGUGAGAUGCUCUCACAAGGUGGGGCUUGUGACUUUGCCCCUGGAGACUCUCAGUGCUUUGAAGUCAGGAGGAGAUUAUCCUGCUGCCCCCUUGAUUCCCUUUGGAGCAGGAGAUGAUCCAUGCAGAGGGAAUCAACGAUUUCUGCUGGAUUCUGCCUUAUUUGCCUGCGUUGUAGGCACAGAAGGGAGGAGUUGUGUUAAGUUUUACUCUUCAGAGCAAAAAGGCUCAAAUGGUUUGUACACUGAUCUAAACAAAGAGGUUUUUAGAACUCAGGCAAUUUUAAGUCAAAGUUGGGAGUAUUGUGUUUUCAUGCAUGUGCCAUGCAGGUCACACAGUUUAAAAAUAAAGAAAACCCAGGACCAGGUCAGCCACAGUGUGGCUUGUGUGUGUGUGUCAUCCCAGGGAAUGUGCCUUUUGUAUCCCCCAACUGAUUUCCCUGAGGAGGGAUUUGGAGUUGUUUGUUUUAGGAGUCAUUUCAAAAUGUUGUCAUUUUUUUAAAGGACUUCAGGCUCUGCGUGCCUGAAAAAACAUUGGAUAUUGAGCUGAAGCCUGGUGAAAAAUUUCAUUUUUCCUCUCACUUUCCACACUUAAGGAAGGAUUAUCCCUUAAAACAGGCCAAAAAGGUGCUGGGCUGUAGUUCAUAUGUUCUAAUAGACUAUUAGUAUUUUUUCCCAUCCUGACAUUUCACAGGAAAGCUUCAUUCAUCUCUUUUUUUUUUUUUGGCUUUUGGCAUGUGGUGUGUUUUGAUUCUUUCUGUUUUGUCUCAGAAGAAAACAUCCGGUGCUGCUGGGCUUUGCUUUCCCUGGUGCUGAGACAAGUCCGUGGUUUUUCAGAGUGACUGUUCAGCUCCUGUCAGAAGUGCUUCUGAUUAGGAAUCCCCAGUGCUGGAAAAUGAGAGGACUCUGUUUUGGGCAGGAAUUGGUGUUGGUGUGGUACAGGGCAAUGGGGAGAGCAGUGCUAAGUGCUGAAAAAGUGCUGAAAGUCAUCUUGAAAACAGGGCUGGCAGUGAUGGUGGGUCUCCGUUCAAGAGGAAAACACUCAGGUUGGGGAAAAUAUUUAUUAAAAGUGAAAAUGUGUGGAAAGUGCCUGCCUUCUGAGCAAAAACCCACCCAGAGGAGGGGAAAAUGGGAGCAUUUGGCUUUUUCUCUGUAAGGAAGGGAAGCACCCAGGCUGGAGGCUGGAACGGGGGAGGAUGGUCCAGCCCUGGUUUGCUGGAGGUGAGGCUUUGCUUCUGAGGUUUUUGAAGGGGUGUUGAGAGGAGCUGAACGAGCCUGUUUGUGAUGAGCCCUGUUCUGGGAUGGAAUCAGUGGAGCCCCUCUCCAUAGGAGAGGCCAGUGCAGGCAGGUGGGCAACAGGUAAGAAAGGCUGUAAAAGUGUAACAGUAGUAAGGAGUGAGACUUGGUGAGGGUUAAACUAAGCUUAACCUGUUUGGCAUCCAUGGCAGUGUGUGUGCUUGGAGCAGAGUUUUGGAAAGCUUACCUUUUUUGGUGGAAAGCACGGAAAAUGCUGGUUUGUUUGUUAUCUUUUUUAUCAAAAGACUCCUUCUUUAAAUGCAUGGGGUUUAAUUUGGGGUGGGGGCAUGGUUUGGGUCCCCAGUGUUUGUGUUUCCUGCCUAACAGACCAAAUGGUUUCAUUCCUUACUCUGUGUGUCAGCUCCUGCUCUCACCCAGCGUCACUGAGGGCCACAGUGCAAUGGCUGCUUUUUGCUAACGCUUGCCCUGAAUUUGAAGAGCCUUUUUAAUUUUCAGCCAUGUUUUAAUGGAGCAGGUCUGGCUUGCACCUUCCCCAGUUCUGCUCCAUCCAUAGCUCUGCAGUUCCCAUCCACGUUUUAGCCCCUCUGUUGAAUGCAAGUGUUGCUUGUCAGUUGUGUUAGUCACGAGCUGUAAAUCAUUUACCCUUUUCUUUUUAAUCUUUAGUUUGAUAGAUACGUGGACGUAGAUGUUUUUGUUUUGUUAAUUUUCACACCACAUCUUUUCUGUACUUUAGGUUGACUCCUCACUGCACUGUGAAAACCAUUAGGAAAAAGUUCCUUGGGGUUAAAACCUGGGGCUCCACAGUGUUGGGGCUAGAAAUUAAUUUAAAUGGCGACUGAUCUGUCUGAAGCUGAACCCGUGCAUCAUAAGGCGCUUCCACUCUUAACGGGAGCUCAGCUGAUCCACACGGACAAGUUAAGUGAGAAAGCUGAAGACGACACGAUGCCAAUCCGCCGCUCCGUGAAUUCCGCUUCCCGGGAAACUCCUCCCAAGAGCAAACCUGCCGAGGGGGAAGAGGUCAAAGCAGAUGCAGAAGUCACCUCUGAGGAAUCUGCCUCUGCUGGAGAGGAACAAGAGACUGAAACCCUGCCUGCUGCAUCCAAUGAAGCAGAACAGCCAAAGGAACCUGAGAAUGAAGGGAAGGGGGAAACAAAGUCCUCAGAAGAAACCAAAAAGGAUGAGAAGGAUCAGUCCAAGGAGAAGGAGAAGAAGGUGAAGAAGACCAUCCCUGCGUGGGCCACGCUCUCUGCCAGCCAGCUGGCCCGGGCACAGAAGCAGACCCAGAUGGCAGCCACCUCCCGGCCCAAAAUGGAUGCCAUUUUAACCGAGGCCAUCAGGGCCUGCUUUCAGAAGAGUGGCGCCUCGGUCGUUGCAAUAAGGAAAUACAUCAUCCACAAAUACCCUUCCCUGGAGCUGGAGAGGAGAGGGUAUCUCCUGAAGCAAGCACUGAAAAGGGAGCUGGAGAGGGGGAUCAUUAGGCAGGUGAAAGGAAAGGGAGCUUCUGGGAGCUUUGUGGUGGUGUCUAAUGCAGGAAAAACUGUUCCAAAAGCCAGAGACAGAAAGAAAAGCACCUCCGCCCCGACUGCAGAGCAGCAGGUGAAGCUGGAGGACGUCCUGCCCCUGGCCUUCACCCGCCUGUGUGAGCCCAAGGAAGCUUCUUACAGCCUGAUCAAGAAAUACGUGUCUCAGUAUUACCCCAAACUCAAAGUAGAUGUAAGGCCCCAGCUGUUGAAGAAUGCCCUGCAAAGAGCUGUAGAGAAGGGCCAGUUAGAGCAGAUCACAGGGAAAGGAGCGUCUGGGACAUUCCAGCUGAAGAAAUCAGGGGAGAAGCCCCUGCUGGGUGGGACUCUGAUGGAAGACGCCAUCCUGUCUGCUAUUGUGGCCAUGAACGAACCGAAGACCUGCUCCACCACAGCGCUGAAGAAGUAUAUCCUGGAAAAUUACCCAGGGACCAACUCCAACUUCCAGGUGCAUCUACUGAAGAGAACCCUGCAGAAAUGUGAGAAGAAUGGCUGGAUGGAGCAAAUUUCUGGCAAGGGCUUCAGUGGAACCUUUCAGCUUUGCUUCCCUUAUUAUCCCAGCCCAGAUGUGCUCUACCCAGAGAAGCAGCAGGAUGAGGACUCCGAGGAAUCUGAUGAGGAAGAAGAGGAGGAAUCUGAGGAGGAAGAAGAAUCUGAAGAGGAAGAGUCUGAGGAGGAAGAGCCCCCACCAAAGAAGAGGAUGCAGAAGAGGCCACCUCCCAAAUCCCGGAGCAGGGCCCCUCCGAUGAAGCGAAGAGAGUCCAAACCCAAGCCAAGGAAAACCCCCGCAGCCCGCCGGGGGAAAGCAAAGCCCCCUCCCAAGGUUAAAACCCCUGCUAAGAAAGCCAAACCAGCAGCCCCAGCCAUCAAGAAACCCUCUGGUGGCAGCUCUUCCAAGAAACCAGCAGCCAGCGGGAGGAAGGAAGUGAAACCCUCUGCUAAGGGCAAAUCCACCAUGAGGAAAUCUCUCCGGGCAAAAAAGUAAAAUGUUUCCAGUGUCAGGGAACCCCAUGGUCAAAUCCACAAUCUUGUUUUAUAAGUCAACGUGCAUUUGUAUUUUAGUUCUGAUGCUUAAACACUUCUUUAAUUUUUUUUUAUUUUUGUUUUCUUGAAUGAUGGGGGAAAAGCUGAAAACUAAAUCAAACCGCCCCGAGCGUUCGGUAGAUCUCGAUGCUGUGCCUCGUGCCUGCCCCUCCCCUGGAACGAGUCAUCUUUAGUUUCUGCAAUAAUUUUAGGACUUUUCUAGGACGUCUCUAAUCUGUACAUUUACGGUGUUCCGCGUGGGUUCCGGGGGGAGGGUUGGCUUUUAAAACAAUUCUUCAAAGAAGAUCUUUAUAUCUUUAGACAGCAGGAACAGGAUGACUGGGGGAAUGUGAUUCUUUAAUGGGAAGGUGCCGCGGCAGAAGAGUCCUCCCUAGAUCCCUGCAUGCCGAGGGCCUUGGCGCUUCCGUGGGGAGCCGUGUACAUACAGCACUUGCACUGAGCCCCGAGGUGCUGCUUUCCUCAGAGCCACGGGCUGAGGGGGUGGCACAUCCAGCUCCUCCCGACCAGCCAGGGCUGUGUGACGAGGGUGAGUCGCAUCUUCGGCCUCUCCUGAGGGUCUGGUGCCAGAGGGGCUCCAAAAGGGGCAGUUCUCGAUCAGGCGGGUGAUUUGAGUUAGUGUUUCCACACCACAUCUGUUACCUUGAAACCAAAAUAUAUCAAAGUCUUCUUGAAUCCAACUUUCAGAUGUUUUUAAGAGAUGAAAAAGCCUGAGUUUGUCCCCUCUUGUUUACCCUUUUUUAAAGAGAAGUUGGAGAGCUAUACAAUUGCUAAUGUAGAGAUGUUGAUAAGUGAAGAACAUGCGGUUUGCUAAAAUAAAAUGAAACUAGAUUCCA